AUGGACCUCAACGGCAAGGCCGAUCCAUUCUGCGCUCUUAACGUCAACGGCAAGGGCGAACCACAGAAGACACAGGUUGUCAUGAAGGACAAGAACCCAGUCUGGAACCAAGACUUCAACAUCCCAGUUGAGAACCCAGAGAAGGACAAGCUGUACAUCACCGUCUACGACUUCGAUGAAGGCAACGACAACGAUGUCAUUGGCUUCAACCGCCUUCCAAUCAACGACAUCAAAGUUGGCGAUGCUCCAGUUGAGCGCACCGUCGAGCUGAAGAAGCGCCACGGCAUCCGUCCAGACCGCGGUGUUGUCCAUCUCAAGCUUUCAGCAUUCAACCCAGGUGAAGAACCAGGUGCAGCUCCAGCUGCCGAACAUCCAGUCAAGAGCGAAGUCCCACCAAAGGCCGAGUUCCUUGACUGCACAGUUGUCAGUGCUUCUAACUUAGUCAAGAUGGAUAAGCACGGCUUGAGCGAUCCAUACGUUGUUCUCAAGGUUAACAAGGAUGGUGAACCACAGAAGACAGAAGUUGUCAAGCAGAACUUGAACCCAGAAUGGAACCAAGAGUUCCACUUCACACCCGUUGACAAGACUAAGGACGUUCUUGUUGUCGAAUGCUACGACUGGGAUGACCACAACUCACACGAUCUCAUUGGCAAUGCCAUCCUUGAGCUUGCACAAUACGCAUACGACAUCCCAAUCGAAGCCGAUGUCGAGCUUAAGAAGGAAGGUGGCCACCGCAAGGACCGUGGCACCGUCCAUCUCCGCUUCACGAUCCGCAAGGACAAGACAGGCGAGCCCGAUGAUGAGCACACAACAUCUGAAGAAGAGAACAACAAGGCAGUUGCUAAGGCAGACCCAAUUGUUCUCCAUUGCACAGUUGUCGAUGGUGUCGAGCUUCCGGCUAUGGACAUCACCGGCUUCAGCGAUCCAUUUGUCCGCCUCACAGUCAACGGCCAAGGCAAGCCAUACACAACCGGCAUUGUUAUGCGCGAGCUUAACCCAAUCUGGAACCAAGAAUUCAACAUCCCAAUCGACAACCAGAACAAGGACAAGCUUUACAUCACAUGCUACGACUGGGACGAAGACAGCGCAAACGAUCUUAUUGGCUACUACCGCCUUCCGCUCGACGACAUCAAAGUUGGCGAGCCCGUUGAGCGCGAGUGCAUCCUUAAGAAGAAGCAUGCUCUCCGUGCUAACCGCGGCAAGAUCCAUCUCAAGAUCUGCGCAUUCAAGCCAGGCGAGGAGCCACAAGUCAGCAAAGUCCCCG